CUCCACCUGCCAUGAGAACAGCUAAGCUUCCUCAACACUAAAAUGCCCAGUUUUCCUUCGGAAUGUGCGUGUGACGAAGUCCGUCUUUUAGGAAUGUUAAGCUAUUCAAAUGGACGUAAAUUAUGAAACCUUUCGAACACAUUCCUUAACUUAAAUGAGACCCAACGAAGCCAAUUCUGUGCGCCUAAAAUAGAGUUGAGCGCAACAACCCCAUCCCUGAACGCACACUUAGUUUUUACACUCUUUAUUGUCGGCUGAAGGUAGGACAAAGACGCGCUGGCUGUAGCGCAGCAGGCGACUCUCUACAAGUUUAUUUCUUCCCCUUUAAAAAGCUACAGCCCUAGCGGUGAUCACUGGAGUCUAUCGGAUCCUCAGGAAACUCUGCGGAGAAGAGAAUGCACUAGCUGCACGAGAAACAGGGAUCAUGGCGGCACCGCUCGGGCGGGACACUCUACCUGACCACUGGUCGUACGGAGUCUGUCGAGAUGGCAGGGUCUUCUUCAUCAAUGAUAAAACUCACAUCACUACUUGGCUCCAUCCUCGUACGGGUGAACCUGUCAACUCCGGACACAUGAUACGAUCAGAUUUACCUCGAGGAUGGGAAGAAGGUUUCACAGACGAAGGAGCCAGCUACUUCAUCAACCACAACCAGAGAGCCGCGUCGUUCCGGCACCCUGUGACGGGCCAGAUAUCUUCGGAAAACACAGAAUACACCCUCCAGGACCAGUUAGAAUCACGCAUGUCCAAGCCACCGGCCAAUCAGAGACCCCCUAGCAUGGUCAGCGAGUCCUCCACGGCUGUGACCUCAACGGUAGUGGACACCAUCUCAGCGUCUAAGGCACAUGGCCACAGGAGCGCAGGCAAGGUGCACAGCUUCGGGAAGAGGGAGCAGGCCAUCAAGAGGAACCCCAACGUCCCGGUGGUGGUCCGAGGAUGGCUCUACAAGCAGGACAGCUCAGGAAUGAGACUGUGGAAACGCAAAUGGUUCGUGUUGUCUGACUUCUGCUUGUUUUAUUACAAAGACAGUCGAGAGGAGACGGUCUUGGGCAGUAUUCCCAUGCCUAGCUAUGUCAUUGCCCCUGUCGAACCUGACGACCACAUCAGCCGCAAGUACGCCUUCAAGGCGAGCCACACAGGGAUGCGCUCCUACAUUUACAAUAAGAACUCUGUGAUUGGCUCGCAGGCGGAGCACGGCGGGAUGCGGACGUACUAUUUCAGCGCCGACACCCAGGAGGACAUGAACGGCUGGAUCCGAGCCAUGAACCAGGCCGCGCUCAUGCAGAGUCACGCCGUCAAAAGGGAGGUGGAGAGACCAGAAAAAACUGUACAGCAGGCAGUUCCCCAGACCAAUCACGUCAACAACGUCAACAAGAGCUCCUCCCAGCUGGAGAGCUUCCACAGGCCGGACCGAGAGGAGCCUCCGGACGAUGCCAUCCGAUUGGCCCACAGGCAGGAAGAGACGUACGCUCUGGACAGCUCGGGGAGGCCCACGGAGGCCCAGGGGGACGGGCUGUCUCCAGACUCCGCCCCCGGCCCCUCCCACAGGAGCAGCCAGCCUCCCCCAGGCCAGGCAGCCCCUCCCCCAGAGCAGAACGGGAACGUGGUGUACAAGAGGGGCUUUGUCCCGCGGACGGACACAGAGAAGCAGGUGCAGAGGAAGACGGCCCUGGCUCAGGUGGAGCACUGGGUCCACGUUCAGAAGAAAGACCCCAAGAGCCUCCCCACAGUAGAGUACAACCUCCCCAGGCGCACCCCUCCCCCGCAGCCCAAGGCCAGCGCCCUUGAGGCCUACCAGACGUUGCCAAAGCCCCCCCGCGUCCCUUCGGCCGCCGGCUCCCCCCCGGCUCCCCGCGACCUGCCCAGCGACUACAAGUACGCCCACGACCGCCUCAGCCACUUCCGCAUGUCGACGGACGAGCGCGUGGCCACCAAGGAGGGCAUGGUGUGGCAGCUGUACGAGUGGCAGCAGCGGCAGCAGUUCCGCCAUGGCAGCCCCACUGCGCCCAUCUACGCCGGGCCGGACUUCCUGGACACGGCCUCGUUCAGGGUGACCGUGGAGAUGCCUCGCUCCAUCUCCGUGCCCCCCUCCCCGUGUGAGGUGCCCCCGGCGGGGCCCGCCUUCAAGCCACUGUCCCCCCGGAGACCCCACACCCCCUCGGACAGGGUGACGGUGCGCCCCCUGGAUGAGGUGGCUCCGGGAGACUCCACAGGCUCCAGUUCCCCCAGACAGGUCUGCCCCCAGGUGUCUCAGACCGCUCAGAUGGACAGAAGGUCAAUUCCAACCAUGGGCUACAUCACACACACUGUCAGUGCACCCAGCCUGCAUGGCAAAACGCCGGAGGAGCUCACCCUGCUGCUCAUACAGCUCAGGAGGCACCAGGCCAAGAUGGCCGCCGACGUGCCCAGCGACUCGCUGGCUCGCCUGCAGCACCACCAGUACAGCAGCCUCCUGGGCCACAGCCUGCAGGCUGAUGAUACUUACAUACAACUGAAGAAGGACCUGGAGUAUCUAGAUCUGAAGGUUGCUGGACGUGAAACUGUAAAAGACAGGCCUACAAGACCCGUUAAAAUAGCGGAGAGCGAUGCUGAUGUGAAGCUAAGUCGACUGUGUGAACAAGACAAGAUCCUUCAGGAGCUGGAGGCCAGGAUACGAACCCUGAAGGAAGACAAGGACAAGCUGGAAGAGGUCCUGGACGUGUCCCACCAGCAGAUGGAGCAGUACCAGGACCAGCCGGCCCACGCUGAGAAGAUCGCCUACCAGCAGAGGCUGCUGCAGGAGGACGUGGUCCACAUCCGAGCUGAGAUCUCUCAGGUGUCCACGGAGAUGGAGAAUGCCUGGAACGAGUACAGCAAGCUGGAGAGAGAUGUGGACUGGCUGAGGUCAGCUCUGGAGGCACAUAUGAACCGCACUGGUCUCACUCAGCAGGAGAAAGCGGAGGUGAAGAGAGAACUGUGGCGAAUCGAGGAUGUGAUCGCUGGCCUGAGCUCCAGUAAAGCCAACUACCAGGUCACCAUAUCCUCUGUGACCAACCCAGGUGAGAGGAGGCCCGUGCCUGCUCCUACCCACACGCACGGGGCCGCUGACCCAGAGAAGAAACUAGUGCCUUCAGCAUUGUCCUCGUCCACCGUGCCUUCCCUGUCCGGGAGUCCGUCUGUGGGUGAGAUGAGACUCUCCCAGCUACCCAGCUCCAGCCCCCACCUCAGCCCCAGCACCCCCACGCUGACCUCCAGCCCCAGCCUGGUGGCCCUGCAGCACACAGCAGCCCUCCCCAGGACCGGGCCCCGAGUGGGUGAGGAGGACGUCCCCCCCAGGCCCCCCCUACCUCAGCUGUACAGUCCUGAGGAGAACCCCCCCGCCGUGCCCCCCCUGCCCAGAGAGACCACCGUCAUCAGACACACCUCGGUCCGGGGCCUCAAGCGGCAGUCAGACGAGCGCAAGAGGGACAGGGAGAUAGGCCAGUGCAUCAAUGGAGACAAGGUGGAGCUGAGGCCCUUCCUCAGUGAGCCUGAGCUCCUGGGAGUGGGAGCCGUCUCUGGCCACAUGGGCAUGGCUGCGCUGGGUCAUAACGGGGGCUACCAGACACUACCGAGCAGAGGGCCGUCUGGCUCCUCUGCGAGGCUAAAUCUGUCCACAAACAUCUCCUCGUACGUCACCCUCAGAAGAGGAGCCUCCGCAGCCUCAGGCCUGAAGGAGAGACCAAAGAGUGCCUUGGAGCGCCUGUACUCCGGGGAGCCGGCUCAGUCUCAGCUGAGGGGGAGGAUGAGUGCCGAGGAGCAGCUGGAGAGGAUGAAGAGGCACCAGAAGGCUCUGGUCCGCCAGCGCAAGCGCACCCUGAGCCAGGGCGACCGCCACGCCUCCUAUUCGGGCCGCCACGCCUCCUCUUCCUCGCGCCCGCUCUCCGCGGACCUGGGCUCAUGGAGGAGAGAGCAAGAGUUUGACCUGCAGCUACUGGAGCGGGCGGUGCAGGGCGAGGAGGCGCGGGGCGUGGUCCAGGGGGAGGAGAGACCGGCCGAACACAGGGAGAGACCACGCUCCCACUCGGACGAGUGGCUGACCUUCUGCACGGCGAGCACGCCGACCCGCGAGGUGGACUUGGAGCCCCUGGAGUACGAUCUGGACCUCAACAAAGAGCUGUCCAAGCCUCAGAAGGUGUGUAUCCCAGAGCGUUACAUUGACUCGGAGCCUGAGGAGCCCCUGAGCCCUCAGGAGUUGGAGGAACGCCAUCGCAAGGUGGAGCGCAUCAAGAGCAUCCUAGCCAAGUCCAGCGUCCAGAACCUAGCUCCUCCUGUGACUGUGUCAAAGCCAGAGCUGGUGAACCUGAACUCGGCCUUGCAGCAGCAGGAGAGGAUUAUCACCAUGUCUUAUGCUCUGGCCUCAGAGGCCUCCCUCAAGAGCAAACAGGUGGCAGAACUGCGCAGACCUUAUACCCUCUGCCAAUCACCUGUCACUGGAAAUAAAUAUGUCUGCUUUGGACGAAGGACUUCCUUUUAGCCUUUCAUUCAGAUUUGAACACUUUCAGAAAUCACGGCCAUAAAAGUACGUGUCUGACAAUAUCAGUAAAAUCCUGCUGGCAUCACGUUGACACCCUCUGGAUGAGAGGGGAGGAGCUCGCUUUCAAGGCUGCCAGGCGGAUGACGGUGGGAUGAGGAGGGGGCAGACGGAGAGCUGAGUGAUCAGGACGCUCAUCCUAAUAACUGAACAUUAUUCCUUAUUAGUGGAGAUCAGAUGAGCACAGAGAGAACUAAUUGCCACCCGUGUGGCGUAUUCUAGACACGGGAGGAAUGUUCUUGAUGAGUCUAUGUUGUGUUCUGAUCAAUCAUCCGGUUAAACCCUGCUCAGGUUCUCUCCCUCUCGCUGCGUCCUGUAGCUGGCUCUUUGAACAUGGCUCUGAACCCUCAUAAAAGACACCCAGCUCACUUUUCAUCUUUACUCUGAAGCAGGCAAAAAGGCAGGCAGGCGAGUGGGCAGACAGACAGGUAGGCAGACAGACAGGCAGGCAGGCAGGUUCACUCUUCCAAACAAGCCUGUCACACUGACUUACACUCAAGCCAUCAGGAUGUUCUGUAGCCUAAUAUGCACUGUAAAACAGAAAGUCAACCAUUAUAACAAUAUUUCCAGCAUAGGAACUGAGAAAUCAGAGAAUAUUGUAAGUGGCAAGCUGUCAAAACAGACUGUCUCAGGAACUCAUCUCUCUCUACCUUUGGUGUCGAAGGGAGAGAACUGGUGUGUGUGGGUGGGCUAUGAAUAAAAAGUGAAACUUUUCUGGAAAAUUAUGUGGGAAACCUUCAUAAUGCUAACAUAAAGGUACAGAAACCCAAUGCCAUCUGAACUACCGCCUGUGUACCUAUAGCACCUGGCGUUCAUGUACUUCAUGCAGUAUCAAAGAGCUCUGUAUAUGGUAGGACAACGCAGGUGGCUGUAGGGAUGUUGUAAUUAGUGACCUUCUGUUCUUAAGCGUGUACCAGAGAACUGCUCCUCAUCUUCUCCUGUGACUAAUGCCUUCCCCCCUUCUUGUUCUUUUGUGUCUCUCUCCCUGUUCCUCCGUAGUGCCACUUCAGGCUAGCUUCCCCAACAUGCCUCCUCCUCCUCCACCACCUCCUCUUCCUCCUCCUCUUCCUCCCCCUCUUCCUCCUGUGUCUCAG